CUCUCGCAAUCAUGCACAUCUGUUCGAUCCCGACGUGACACCGGUAUUUAAUUGCAUAUAAAAAUCGUUAAAACAAUCAGAACCCAGAGAUAAUGAUAGUUCUUCCUCUGUUCGUCAGGCAAAUAAAGUCUCUCUCUCGACGUGUACACAUCCGGUGUCUCAACGAAAAUACAUCGUCCCUCAAGUGGAGGAGAAUAAGAAAUUUCACGGAGAAGAUGCCGCCGUCUAGAAGUGACCCAGUAAUCACGAAACUAGAAACUCCAGAGUUUAAAUCUAUCUUUACCCCAGAACUGGAGCUCCUCACGUCUUUAUUCAAGAAGUACAAUUAUGAAAUAAGGAUUGCCGGGGGUGCAGUCAGGGAUUUACUCACUGGGAAGGUGCCCAAGGACAUUGACUUUGCGACUACAGCAACUCCACACGAGAUGAAGGCGAUGUUCACGAAGGAAGAGAUUCGAAUGCUGAAUAUGAAGGGAGAGAAACAUGGAACUGUCACAGCGAGGAUCAAUGACAAGGAGAAUUUUGAGGUGACGACUCUGAGGAUUGACGUUGUCACUGAUGGGAGACACGCAGACAUCGAGUUCACGACAGACUGGAAGCUAGACGCCAACAGGAGGGAUCUGACGAUCAACUCCAUGUUUUUGGAUUUUGAGGGGAGGGUUUAUGAUUAUUUCUUCGGCUACGAUGACUUGCAGAAGAGGAGGGUGGCCUUCGUUGGGGAUGCGGCGACCAGAAUUUGUGAGGAUUUCUUGAGGAUCUUGAGAUACUUCAGAUUCUACGGUAGAAUAUCAGAGCACCCAGACGCCCACGAAGACUCAGUAAUCACCGCAAUAAAGCAGAACGUCGAGGGGCUAGAAAGAAUAUCAGGUGAAAGAAUUUGGUCGGAGUGGUAUAAAAUUUUGGAGGGAAACUAUGGCGUAGAGCUUACCAAAAAGAUGAUAGAAUGUGGAGUGACGAAGUACAUAGGUCUACCCGAGACCCCAGAUGUGGAGAAUUUCGAGAGAAUCUGCAUGAGAGCAAAGUCCCAGGGAGUGAUAUUACACCCUGUAACGAUGAUCACAUCGAUGCUGAGAAAUGAGGAAGAAGCCAUGAACCUCCACACGAGGCUUCACUGGUCCGCCUACAACCGCGAUCUCGCCCUUUUCCUCAUCAUCCACCGGGAGGAUAAGAUCUCAGUUAAUCCCCUCCAUCCUUAUCAGUACAUUGUCCUCAAUUCAACCGGCAAGAUCAAAGACAUUCGUGAGUACAUUGCCGAGGUACUCAAGUACAAAGGUACCCCAGAACUUGCGCAACAAUUUGAGAAGUGGAUUCCGCCAAAGUUUCCACUCAACGGUAAUGAUCUGAGGGAUCUACUGCCUCACCCAAGAUUGAUUGGACAGACGAUGAUGAGGCUCAAGAAAAUUUGGUUGGACGGAGAGUUUAAGACACCUAAGGAGGAACUGUUGAAACAUUUGCCGGAAAUUGUGGAGGAGGUGAAUCAAUUUUGGAGUGAACGGAAAAGUAAAAAAUGAGAUUGGAAAUAGAGAUGAAUAAA